GGCGUCAGCACAAGGUGCCGGCCCGCGCUCGCCGCGGCCCCCAAGAUGGCGUCCAUGCGGGAGAGCGACACAGGCCUGUGGCUACACAACAAGCUGGGCGCCACGGACGAGCUGUGGGCGCCGCCCAGCAUCGCGUCCCUGCUCACGGCUGCCGUCAUCGACAACAUCCGCCUCUGCUUUCACCGUCUCUCGUCGGCCGUGAAGCUCAAGUUGCUGCUCGGGACGCUGCAUCUCCCGCGCCGUGCGGUGGAUGAGAUGAAGGGUGCCCUCAUGGAGAUCAUCCAGCUCGCCUGCCUGGACUCGGACCCCUGGGUCCUCAUGGUCGCUGACAUCCUGAAGUCCUUCCCUGACACAGGGUCUCUCAACCUUGACCUCGAGGAACAGAACCCCAAUGUUCAAGAUAUUUUGGGAGAGCUUAGAGAAAAGGUGGGCGAGUGCGAGGCGUCCGCCAUGCUGCCACUGGAGUGCCAGUACCUGAACAAGAACGCCCUGACCACGCUGGCCGGGCCGCUCACGCCACCGGUGAAGCACUUCCAGCUGAAGCGCAAGCCCAAGAGCGCCACACUGCGUGCUGAGCUGCUACAGAAGUCCACCGAGACCGCGCAGCAGCUGAAGAGGAGCACGGGGGUGCCGUUCCAUGCCAAGGGCCGCGGGCUGCUCCGCAAGAUGGACACCACAACCCCACUCAAAGGCAUCCCGAAGCAGGCACCCUUCCGGAGCCCUACCACACCCAGUGUCUUCAGUCCUGCCGGGAACCGGACCCCGAUCCCCCCAUCCAGGACCCCGCUGCGGAAGGAGAGGGGUGUGAAGCUCCUCGACAUCUCUGAGCUGGAUACGGUGGGUGCCGGCCGGGAGGCCAAGCGGCGGAGGAAGACGCUGGAUGCAGAAGUGGUGGAGAAGCCAGCCAAGGAGGAGACGGUCGUGGAGAAUGCCACCCCGGACUAUGCGGCCGGCCUGGUGUCCACACAGAAACUCGGGUCUCUGAGCAGCGAGCCCGCACUGCCAUCCACCAGCUACCUGCCUUCCACACCCAGUGUGGUCCCUGCGUCCUCCUACGUCCCCAGCUCCGAGGCACCCCCAGUGGCCCUGUCCCCUACAGUCCCACCAUCCCGAGAAGCCAGCCUGCAGGCCAGCCGGCCACCCGAGGAGCCCAAUACCCCGAGCCCCACGCUGCCGGCACAGUUCAAGCAGAGGGCACCCAUGUACAACAGCGGUCUGGGCCCAGCUGCACCAGCACCUGCAACACCCACCUCGCCCCUGACGCCCACCACUCCCCCAGCCGUGGCCCCUACUGCCCAGACACCCCCUGUGGCCAUGGUGGCCCCGCAGUCCCAGCCCCCUGCCCAGCCACAGCCUAAGAAGAACCUGUCCCUCACGCGAGAGCAGAUGUUCGCCGCACAGGAGAUGUUCAAGACGGCCAACAAGGUCACACGGCCCGAGAAGGCCCUCAUCCUGGGCUUCAUGGCAGGGUCCCGAGAAAACCCGUGUCAGGAGCAGGGGGAUGUGAUCCAGAUCAAGCUCAGCGAGCACACAGAAGAUCUGCCCAAGGCUGAUGGCCAGGGCAGCACCACCAUGCUGGUAGACACCGUGUUUGAGAUGAACUACGCCACGGGCCAGUGGACGCGCUUCAAGAAGUACAAGCCCAUGACCAAUGUGUCCUGAGGGCCACCUGGCCUGUGGCCCUGCCUUCCAGGUUCUGAGGGACAGCGACUGGCCACCCACAUACUGCUGGCCCUGGCCUCUCUACGUCUUAAAAUUGUUUCUCUGGGGUGUUUGGGGCUUAUUUUUAUACUUUACUAUGGGUUACUUUUUGUGUGGUCAAAGUACUUUUUUGGAUUCAGUAUUACAUUUUUGAAUGUUGAAGUUAACCAAAAAAGUUACAGCUUCCUAAUCUAGUGCCUGGUAGACUUUUACCUUUCUACUUUUUUCUUAAAUCCCACAGAGAGGGCUUUUUCUUGCCACUGUGAUGCCCUCCCCAUGAGGUUCAGGGGACCAAAGGUGGUGUGGUAGACAGGGAUGGAUGCCUGCAGCUUAUAUGUCUUGUAGUCAUGGCAGUGGCCCGUCUCUGGGACCUGCUUGUGUAAGGCUGCAUAGUUAAGGCUGAGCUUUUCUACAGGAAGCCGCAGAGCUAUGUUUCAGCCCAGGUGGCUGAGCUGUGAGGGCAGCCUCUUCUAGGGCAGUGCCAGAAGCCAGGGGGAUGGGGUCACAGGCCCUGGUGGGUAAGCUGAGAGCUUGGGGGCUGCCCGAGUCCCCAGCCACAGGACUAGGACAGACACUGCCCCCCUCCUUCCACCUGGGAAACUUCUGCAGUACUGGGAAUUGAACCCAGAGGGCAUCUAGCGCCACCUGCAACCCAUCUUAUAUUCAUCCAAGACAGUCUGCUUACCCAGGCUGGCCUCGAACUUAAGAUCAGCAUCUGGGACUGUUACAGGUAUGUGCUACUACCCGGGCCACAUUUCCCCAAAGCAGAACCCUACUAUCUGCAGCAUACGCCCACCACCUUUCCCAAGGCAGGGAUGCAGGAAUAGGACCAGACCCUGCCGGGCUGGUCCCUUGGAAAGGAAAUCCAAGUACAAGCCUAUAUGAAAUAAGUAUAAGAGAAAGGCCUUUAAAAUGCUUUUAAUACAAAAAUACUCAUACACAAUUUUCCAAACACAAAUUUCCACUUUAAAUGCUAUUUCCCCCCAACUGGCAAUUCUCAAAUCUCUAUUUCAGUAUAUCCCCCCUCCCCCAAAAAAGGUGAAUUUCAAGUUUU